AUGGUGAAGAUUUGUUGCAUUGGAGCUGGAUAUGUCGGUGGUCCAACCAUGGCCGUCAUUGCUCUAAAGUGUCCAUCUGUUGAAGUAGCUGUUGUCGAUAUCUCUGUGCCGAGGAUCAACGCUUGGAACAGCGAUCAGCUCCCGAUCUAUGAGCCUGGUCUUGAUGAUGUGGUUAAGCAGUGCCGUGGCAAGAACCUUUUCUUCAGCACCGAUGUUGAGAAACACGUCAGGGAGGCUGACAUUGUCUUUGUCUCUGUCAACACCCCUACCAAGACCCGUGGUCUUGGAGCUGGCAAAGCUGCGGAUUUGACUUACUGGGAGAGCGCUGCUCGUAUGAUCGCUGAUGUUUCGGUUUCCGACAAGAUUGUUGUUGAGAAAUCAACUGUGCCUGUCAAAACCGCAGAGGCAAUCGAGAAGAUUCUUACACAUAACAGCAAAGGAAUCAAAUUCCAGAUUCUUUCCAACCCGGAGUUCCUUGCUGAAGGAACCGCCAUUGAAGACCUUUUCGAGCCUGACCGUGUCCUCAUCGGUGGUCGUGAAACACCUGAAGGAUUUGCAGCUGUCAAAGCCUUGAAAGAUGUUUAUUCCCAAUGGGUCCCUGAAGACAGAAUCAUCACCACCAAUCUCUGGUCCGCCGAGCUCUCCAAGCUUGCAGCUAAUGCCUUCUUAGCCCAGAGGAUCUCGUCAGUCAAUGCAAUGUCCGCUCUCUGUGAAGCAACCGGAGCCAAUGUCUCAGAGGUCUCUUACGCUGUCGGUAAAGACUCUCGGAUCGGUCCCAAAUUCUUGAACUCAAGUGUCGGAUUCGGCGGAUCCUGUUUCCAGAAAGAUAUCCUCAACUUAGUCUACAUCUGUGAAUGCAACGGGUUACCGGAAGUCGCUGAGUACUGGAAACAAGUCAUCAAGAUCAACGACUACCAGAAAACCAGAUUUGUUAACCGCAUUGUCUCGUCUAUGUUCAACACAGUCUCCAACAAAAAGAUUGCGGUUCUUGGUUUUGCCUUCAAGAAAGACACAGGAGACACAAGAGAGACUCCAGCCAUUGAUGUCUGCAAAGGUCUGUUAGGUGACAAAGCACGUAUUAGCAUCUACGACCCACAAGUCACUGAAGACCAGAUCCAAAGAGACUUGACCAUGAACAAAUUCGACUGGGACCAUCCUCUCCACCUCCAGCCCAUGAGUCCCACCACCGUGAAACAAGUCUCAGUCGCUUGGGACGCGUACACUGCAACCAAAGACGCUCACGGUAUCUGCAUUUUAACCGAGUGGGAUGAAUUCAAGAAUCUCGAUUACGAGCGAAUCUUUGAGAAUAUGCAGAAACCCGCGUUUGUUUUCGACGGUAGAAACGUCGUGGACGCAGAUAAACUGAGGAAGAUUGGGUUCAUUGUUUACUCCAUUGGGAAGCCAUUGGACCAGUGGCUCAAGGACAUGCCUGCUCUUGCCUAA